UCCACAAUGAGGGAAAGGAAGACAACAGAUCCACUUCAUUCGGCAGAUCCACUUCAUUCGUCCACAGAUCUGAGCAAAGAGAAGAAGAAGUUGAAAUUGAAACGAGAGGUCGGCCUGAUUAGCAGCGUGUCAUUAAUUGCAGGCACCAUGAUAGGCUCAGGGAUCUUUAUGUCCCCUGAGUGGGUACUACAUCACAUGGGGAACCCUGCCAGCAGCCUGCUGAUCUGGGCAGCAUGUGGUCUCCUGGCCAUGUUUGGAGCCUUGUCAUACGCUGAGCUUGGAACAAUAAUUAAAGAGUCUGGAGGAGAAUAUAUUUACAUUUUGAGGAUUUUUGGUUCUUUUCCUGCUUUCCUUUUCGCCUACACUUCUGUCAUCCUGGUGAGACCAGCUGGUUUGGCAGCUGUUUGUCUGAGUUUUGCGGAGUACGCCAUUGCGCCGUUCUACCCAGGAUGCUCAUCUCCGCAGGUUGCUGUCAAAUGUACAGCUGCUGCCUGCAUCCUGAUUUUAACUAUCAUCAACUGUCUCAACGUGAGGCUGGCGACAUCUGUUAUGAACAUUUUUACAGCUGCCAAACUCUUGGCUUUGUUGGUGAUCGUGGUGGGUGGGUUGGUGCUGCUUGCCAAUGGACAAACUCAGAGUUUUCAGAAUGGUUUUCAAGGUACAGCUGCAGGUGUUGGGGCACUUGGAGUGGCAUUUUACCAGGGACUCUGGUCCUAUGAUGGAUGGAACAACCUAAAUUAUGUAACUGAGGAACUGAAGAAGCCUGAGGUGACCCUUCCCAGAGCUCUGAUGAUUGCCAUCCCUUUGGUUACGUGCCUGUAUUUGCUGGUAAACGUGAGCUACUUGGCAGCCAUGACUCCGUCUGAGCUGCUGUCUUCAGGAGCCGUGGCUGUCACCUGGGGGGACAAAGUCCUGGGCAGCUGGGCAUGGCUCAUCUCCCUGUCAGUGGCUCUGUCUACGUUUGGUUCAUCAAAUGGCACAUUCUUCAGCGGAGGCCGCGUGUGCUACAUCGCUGCCAGGGAGGGCCAUAUGCCAGACAUUCUGUCCAUGGCUCAUGUGCAUCGCCUCACGCCCUCCCCUGCUCUACUCUUUACAUCUGUGAUGUCUUUAAUAAUGAUAAUAUCAGGAAGCUUCACCAGUAUUGUGAACUUUUUCAGUUUUAUGGCAUGGCUUUUCUAUGGAAUGACUAUUUCUGGGCUCCUGUAUUUAAAAAUCAAGAAACCAGAACUGCCAAGAUCUUACAAGGUCCCAAUUGUCAUCCCCAUAAUUGUGCUGAUGGCAGCUGUGUACCUGGUGUUAGCUCCCAUCAUUGAUCAACCCCAAAUAGAGAUCCUCUACAUUGUCCUGUUCAUUUUCAGCGGCAUCAUUUUUUAUUUCCCACUGGUUCACUUUAAAUAUCACCCUCGCUGCUUACAGAGAGUCACUUUACACCUCCAGUUGUUGCUGGAAGUUGCUCCGACUACCAGGGAUGCAAACUGA